AUGAAAUCACUAAAUAUUGGCAAUGGAGAUAAUGAUUAAAAUAAGGAAGUCAUCAAAUCAAAUAACAUAUUUAACCUCCUUAAACCCAAAGAAUCUGAUAAGAAUUAAAUCCAAUAGAAAGCUGUUACACCCAAUUAUAUUUCAAGGCUUCUCAAAGAGCCUACUACUAUUUCAAAUUUACUAUAAAAAACUUUGGAAAAGCCAGAAGGAAAGUCUUAAAAUUCUAAAAUAAAAGAUGGAAAGAUCAUUCAUGUAAUUGCUCAUUCUCAUUAAGAUGCUGGCUGGCUAAAGACUCCUGAUGAAAAUUAUGAUGAUUAUGCUAAAAACAUCUUUACGACAGUAAUUUAAGAGCUAAUAAAGGAUAGUAGUAGAAAAUUUAACCAAGCAGAAAUUAUAUUCUUCAAAAGAUAUUAUGAGGAAGUAGGUGAGCUCUAAAAACUUGAAAUAAAACAACUCAUAUCUGAGGGAAGACUUUCUUUUGUACACGGUGGCUACGUAUCUAGUGACGAGGCAUGCACAUUGUACUAUGACAUGAUUGAGAAUAUAGUACUAGGUCAAAAUUAUCUUAGGGAUACUUUUGAUGUUGAGGUAGACAUCGCUUUUCAUGGUGAUUAAUUUGGAAGAACAGCUAUGACAAAUAAACUAUUAUAGCAAAUGGGUUUCAAAGCCUAUUUUGCAGGUAGAUUUAGUGAUGAUAAAAGAAACUAGCUAAGGUAAAAUAACAACUCUCUCUUUAUUUGGAAACCUACAAUGGAGGGAAUCGAAGGACCAUACCCAAGUUCUAGCUAUAUUGAGACCCUCGUUCGUGAUAAUCUACAAGAAGAUGGGACUAUAAAAUGCAUUGAGGAAUACAUUUAAGGCUUUAAUUAGCAAAAUAUCUAUAUGCCCUUUGGAGAUGAUUUUGCCUUUGUAAAUGCCAGAGAUGUUUUUCAAUUCAUUGAGAACUUCAACUCUACUGUUAAUAAGUAUACCGAUAAGUAUUAGUUUAAAUACAGCACUUUCAAAGAUUAUCAUGAAUAAGUUACAAUGGAGCUGAAGGACCAAGGUACAAAGUUAUCUGUAUACAAGGGAGAUUUUGUCCCAAUGACGGAGUAGCAUCUUGGAAGUUACUGGAAUGGUUACUACACUAGUAGACCUACCUAUAAGGAACUCAUGAAAACUUACACUCUUUUAUCAUACUUUAUUACAACAUUCCUAUCCUACGAUGUAAUGACUAAUAGUGAAUAUCAGCAACAUAUCUUGAAUGAAGCUAUCUAGGUUGAAUGGAGUGUCUUAACUCAUCAUGAUUUUAUUACAGCAGUUUCAAUGAGACGUAUAAUGGAUGGUUAAAUAAAUGAUCUUCAUACAGUGAUGGAAUACAGUGCCCCUCUCAUUUCUGAAAGUAUAAAAUCAAUCAGCAGUUUAAAGUUUGAAUAACUGAACUACAUCUACCACAAAUAUACUACUGAUUCAAUAACUCCUAUACUUGAACUAUAUGAAGGACACACUAAUUACUUUGUAAUUUAUAAUCCAUCUCUGAUAGAGCUAAAUUUUGUUUCAUUCAGAUUUAAAAGAUUCAACAAAAAUGCAAAUGUUGAAGCAUAUAGUCCAGAUUUGAACAAAUUUGUAAAAGUUUAAUAUGACUAACACUAGCUGAGUGAUUUUAAAUCGCAAGAAUUCAUUGAAAUAUAAAUAAGUUAAACUUUGAAGCCUCUAACUUUUGGAUAUUUCAGCUUUACUCUUAUUGAUAAUAAACUCAAAGAUUCUAGCAUUAGUCUUUCAUAAACUAUAACUUUUGAAUAAUUUGAUUAAUUCCCAAAAGAAACUAUUCAAAAUGUUGGUUAGUUAUCAUAAAUAGAGAAUAUUGACUAUCAAGAAAAUGAGAUAAUAUUUGCUGAUAAAGGAGAAGAAGUAGAAACUGAUAAGAUAGUCAAGGCAUAAUAAAAUGUCAUUAUUGCUGGCUAAUGCUCGCUUAAACUUGUUGAGAAAGGCUCUUCAAGUCUCAAAUUUGUAUUAGAAGAUUUAGGUCAAAAUAAAAUAUCAAAUUUCGAAUUAGCAAUCAAAUUCUAUCAUAGCUUUACAAAUAGAAAUUUCGGUUAAGAUGGACUCUAUAUAUUUAAAACCACUGACUCAGAGCCAUAGGUCUAUUAUCUUGAAUUGGUGUCAAUCGACUUUCUAUAAGGAAAUAAGUCAUCCUAUUUCUAAAUUAGGUAUAGAUCCUUUUUGGAUGGUGAUAUGGUUAUACUCCUCAAACUUUUUGAUAGCAAGUCUGAUAAUAGCUGUGGAGAUAUAGAAUUCGAUGUUCAAUCAAUGGGAAUAGAACCAGAAAGAAAUGUAAUUAUUCAAUGGAAAUCUUUUGACAUUAGGAAUAAAAAGAUAUUUUACACUGAUUCAAAUGGUUUAGAGAUAAUGAAGAGGACUCUUAAAAAAGGGGUAGUGGCUGCCGAAUUUCCAUCAUUAGUCCCAGCUAACACUUAUCCUGUAGACACAGUGAUCUUUAUUGAAGACUCUAAGAAAGAUUUAUAGAUGCUAGUAUUUAACGAUAGAUCUUAGGCAGGUACUGCCUUCAGAGAUGGUACUAUAGAGUUGAUCUAUGAUAGAAGAACUAACUCUAAUGAUUGGUUGGGUAAUCCAGAAGAUUAUAAUGAUGUUGAUAAAGAGGGAAAGCCACUCAGAUCAAAUAAUAAGUAUUGGCUAAGGUUCACCAAUAGCAGAUAAGAUGCAUUCAAAGCAAUUCAUGAAAGGACAAUGAAAAAUAUUAAUCCAAUACAGUACUUUUCAGCAACAGAGCUUAUAUCACUUCCAACAGAAAAUUAAAUAUAGGCUAUUGUUCAGCAAAAUUAAGAAUUGAUUAUACAUCUAAAAUAGCUAAACAUCAUUGAUAUCAAGUUAGUGACUGAUGUGAAAUUCUAAGAGAUUAUGGUAUAUUUAACUUAAGGAAAUAUAAGCGCUACCUAACGCCUAGAAAAAAUCAACUUUAGAUAAUUAUACACCAAAUACUGUGAAUAUUUCGCAUUACAAUUACAGAGUAAAUGCAGAAAUUUAAAGACAAUACAGCAGACUAAGUUAAAUGGCUCAUAGCUUGAUAGAGGAUAUUUAAAUGAAUUAGAAUUAUAUUCAAGCGCAAGAAUCCUAGCUUUCAAAGUAACAUUUUGA